UCUAAAAGUUGGUUUUAAUUGGUUGCCCACAGGAUUGGCUUGGCUUCUGCUACUUGUUAAGAAAAAAACAUCUGUCUUUGCAGGUGUGUGUUGUUUCAGCGCAGCAUGGCUGUGGUCAUCCGCUUGCAAGGUCUCCCGAUUGUGGCGGGGACCAUGGACAUUCGCCACUUCUUCUCUGGAUUGACCAUUCCUGAUGGGGGCGUGCAUAUUGUAGGGGGUGAACUGGGUGAGGCUUUCAUCGUUUUUGCCACUGAUGAAGAUGCAAGGCUUGGUAUGAUGCGCACAGGUGGUACAAUUAAAGGGUCAAAAGUAACACUACUGCUGAGCAGUAAAACUGAAAUGCAGAACAUGAUAGAACUCAGUCGUAGGCGUUUUGAAACUGCCAAUCUAGAUAUGCCACCAGCAAAUGCUAGCAGGUCAGGACCACCACCUAGUUCUGGAAUGAGUGGAAGGGUUAACUUGCCUACUACUGUACCUAACUUUAAUAAUCCUUCUCCUAGUGUAGUAACUGCUUCUACUACUGUGCAUGAAAGCAAUAAAAACAUAUCCACAUUUUCUACUGCCAGUAUGGGGACUGCACCUCCAAAUCUUGGGAGUACCUUUGGUAGUCCAACGUUUAGUUCAACUAUACCUAGCACAGCAUCCCCAAUGAACACAGUACCUCCUCCACCAAUCCCUCCUAUCCCAGCUAUGCCAUCUUUGCCACCAAUGCCUUCUAUUCCCCCGAUACCUGUUCCACCUCCUGUACCUACACUGCCUCCUGUUCCUCCGGUUCCUCCGAUACCCCCUGUGCCUCCCGUACCCCCAAUGACACCUAUGCCUCCCAUAUCAGGAAUUCCUCCUAUGAAUCCUCCACCCGUAGCACCUUUACCCACUGGAAUGAAUGGGUCUGGAGCAGCAGUGAAUAUGAACAGCGGCUUGAAUCCAUUGUUUAUUGGUCCCAUGAAUCCUGUAAAUCCUAUCCAGAUGAAUUCUCAAAGCAGUGUCAAGCCAAUACCAAUCAAUCCAGAUGAUUUGUAUGUCAGCGUUCAUGGAAUGCCCUUUUCUGCAACAGAAUCUGAUGUGAAAGAUUUUUUCCUUGGGCUCCGUGUGGAUGCAGUCCAUAUGCUAAAGGAUCAUGUAGGUCGAAAUAAUGGAAAUGGACUAGUUAAGUUUUUUUCUCCUCAAGAUACAUUUGAAGCACUGAAGCGAAACAGAAUGCUGAUGAUUCAGCGCUAUGUUGAAGUUAGUCCUGCAACAGAGAGACAGUGGGUGGCUGCUGGAGGCCACAUAACUUUCAAGCAAACCAUGGGUCCCUCUGGGCAGUCACACCCUCCUCCUCCCCAGGCUCAUACUAGGUCCAAAUCUCCUAGUGGACAGAAAAGGUCACGGUCAAGAUCUCCCCAUGAGCAGGGUUUCUGUGUUUAUUUGAAAGGUCUUCCCUUUGAAUCGGAGAACAAACACGUGAUAGAUUUUUUUAAAAAGCUGGAUAUAGUUGAAGACAGCAUUUAUAUAGCUUACGGACCUAAUGGGAAGGCAAUCGGAGAGGGUUUUGUCGAGUUCAGGAAUGAAGCUGAUUACAAAGCAGCUUUGUGUCAUCAUAAGCAGUACAUAGGGAAUCGCUUUAUUCAAGUUCAUCCAAUUACUAAAAAGGCAAUGUUAGAAAAGAUAGAUAUGAUUCGUAAAAGAUUGCAGAACUUCAACUAUGACCAGAGAGAAAUACUCAUGAAUGCUGAGGGAGAGCCAGGCUUGCCAAAAUUGUGUGCGCAUAUAUCUAAUAUUCCAUACAAUAUAACAAAAAUGGAAAUCCUUCAGUUUCUAGAGGGACUGGCAGUAGAAGAAAACUCUGUACAAAUACUUGUUGAUAAUAACGGGCAAGGGUUAGGACAAGCACUGGUUCAGUUUAAAGCUGAAGAUGAUGCUCGUAAGGCAGAGCGUUUGCACCGUAAAAAACUGAAUGGAAGAGAUGUUGUUUUGCGUUUGAUAACUGUAGAAGAAAUGAGAGAUAUUGAAAGAAACCCACCAUCUCAAGGGAAAAAGAUACUAAAAAUACCGAUACAAGGAAAUGCGACUGUGCCGGGAGCACAAGGCACUGGUGGGGAUGAGCAUGCUUUCUUGGGAAAUUCUAAAGAUGCAAACAACGGUCCUCCAUUUAAUUUCCCUGGUAACUUCAGUGGGUCUGGCACAUUUGGUCCUCCUCUACCACCACCUGGAAUAGGUGGCUUUCCUGAUUCUAGACCAGGAAUACCUACUGUUGCAAGUAGCGGUUUGCCUGGUGCAGGUAUUGAGGUCCCAGGUUUUGCAGGUGGUCCUGGUAAUUUGAGUGGACCGGCAGCUUUUGCAGGGGGUCCUCAGACUUUUGGUAAUGGUCCUGGCAAUUUAAGUGGACCCCCUGCCUUUGGUGCUGGUCCUCCAGGAAUUGCUACAGGUCUUGGACAUUUAAGUGGACCUCCAGGGUUUGGACCUGGACCAGGAAAUAUACAUAUUAGUGGACCCCCAGGUUUUGGAACAGGGUCUGGGAAGCCAGGACCAACUGUCAUUAAAGUGCAAAAUAUGCCCUUCACUGUUUCGGUGGAUGAAAUUUUGGAUUUCUUUUAUGGUUACCAAGUGAUCCCUGGUUCAGUGUGCUUAAAAUACAAUGAAAAAGGCAUGCCCACUGGAGAAGCAAUGGUUGCAUUCGAGUCUCGUGAUGAAGCUAUGGCAGCUGUUGUUGACUUAAAUGACAGGCCUAUAGGCUCUAGAAAAGUAAAACUUAUGGCCGGGUGCGUGUCCAGGGUGGAGCUGUCGGUGACCUGCCGGAGCCUCCUCGACAGGGACCUGGGCUCCAGGUCCGACCCCCUCUGCGUGGUGCUGCAGGACGCGGGCGGCGGCCGCUGGGCUGAGCUGGAUCGCACAGAGAGGAUCAAGAACUGCCAAAACCCCGAAUUCUGCAAGAAACUGGUUGUGGACUACUAUUUUGAGAAAGUGCAGAAGCUGAAAUUCGGCGUGUAUGAUAUCGAUAACAAGUCCUUUGAUUUAAAUGACGAUGACUACCUUGGAGGGAUCGAGUGCACGCUGGGACAGGUUGUGUCCAGCUCGGUGUUCACCCGACCACUGGAAUUGAAGCAGGGAAAGCCGGCAGGAAAGGGCACCAUUACGAUUUCAGCAGAGGAGAUUAAAGAUACCAGGGUUGUGUACUUGGAAAUUGAAGCCCGAAAUUUGGACAAAAAGGAUUUAUUAGGUAAAUCGGAUCCAUUUUUGGAGUUUUACAAGCAGAGUGAUGCUGGAACAUGGCAGCUGGUGUACAGAUCAGAGGUGAUUAAGAACAACUUAAAUCCAUGCUGGAGGAAGUUCAGUGUUCCCUUGCAAACAUUCUGUGGUGGAGAUUUUAAUAAACCUAUCAAGGUACAGUGUGCAGAUUACGACAGCGACGGGUCGCAUGACUUGAUAGGCACUUUUGAAACUAACCUGACUCAGCUGCAGAAAGGAGGUGACGGCUCUGCGGUGGAAUUCGAAUGCAUUCAUCCUGAGAAAAAACAAAAGAAAAAGAGCUACAAAAACUCUGGCAUUAUUAGGAUAAAAUCCUGCAAGACCGAGACAGAAUAUUCGUUUCUGGACUACGUCAUGGGAGGCUGCCAGAUUAACUUUACAGUGGGCGUAGACUUCACUGGUUCCAACGGAGAUCCCAGGUCACCAGAUUCUCUUCACUACAUCAGCCCAGAUGGGAUAAAUGAGUACCUGAUUGCCAUCUGGAGUGUGGGAAGUGUAGUCCAGGAUUAUGACAUGGACAAGCUGUUUCCUGCGUUUGGGUUUGGAGCUCAGAUUCCUCCUAGCUGGCAGGUAUCUCAUGAGUUUGCUUUGAACUUCAACCCCAGCAACCCUUAUUGUCAAGGGAUCCAAGGAAUAGUGGAUGCCUAUCGCCAGAUCCUGCCUCAGAUCCGACUCUACGGGCCAACCAAUUUCUCUCCUAUUAUAAACCACGUGGCAAGAUUUGCAGCGCACUCGGCACAACAAGGAACUGCUUCACAAUAUUUUAUCUUGCUGAUCAUCACAGAUGGAGAGAUCACUGACCUGGACCAAACUAGGCAAGCGAUCGUUAAUGCCUCAAAGCUGCCGAUGUCCAUCAUUAUUGUUGGAGUUGGUGAAGCUGAUUUCAAAGCAAUGGAGUUUCUUGACGGAGACAACGGUGUCCUGAAGUCCCUGACAGGAGAGCCAGCUGCACGAGACAUUGUUCAGUUUGUGCCUUUCCGACAGUUCAAAAACGCUCCCCGGGAAGCGCUUUCCCAGAUGGUUCUGGCUGAAGUGCCUAAGCAGCUGGUGUCAUACUAUAAAUGGCAGGGAUGGCCACCCAUGAAACUGCCGGAAAUAAAGAUGAUGUAGAUUGCAGCCUGACCCUAGCCACCUGUAUCAGGGGGGUGAAGAGAGCUGUCUGCAACCACACUCUCUCUUGCAUGCUGUGGGUGCUCAGUGUCUCAAGUCUGUACCAUUCACACUCUUACCUGCUUGUGCUCUGUGUCUUUGAUCUUUCCUGUUCCUAAUUGGAAGGAAUGUAAAUAUGGAAAAAACACAACUACUGGCAGGUUUUGUCACAGAAAAACAGACCUUGUUGGUUUUCCACCUUGCA